CCUUGUCGAAGGCAGAUGCUUUCGCAGCCCCGUCCCUCCUCCUCCUUCUCCGGAGCAGCCUCCGCGCCGCGCUCCAGCCGCCCGGAGGUGCCUGCCCAGCCCAGCCCCAGCCCAGCCCAGCCCCGCCGGCCGCGGUGCCCGCCCGCCCCGGCCCGGCGGAGGGAGGCAGCGGGCACCCACCCGCCGGGGUCCCGGCCGGACCCUCGGGGCGGCUGCGAGCCCGGCUGCCCGGGUCCCCGCGGGGGGCGCGGAGGGGGCUCGGCGCUCCCCUCAGCCCUGGCAGGAUGCUGCCUUCCUCGCGGACCCAGCUGGGGCUCUUCUUCAUCCUCCUCUGCCCCGCCAACAUCAUCGGGCUCUGGUGUGGGGAGCCCCCUGGUCAUGGACCCCAACAGCAUCUGCCGCAAGACGAAGCGGUUGGCGGGGAAGCAGGCGGAGCUGUGCCAGCUGGAACCGGAGAUUGUGCAGGAGGUGGCCAAGGGCACCAAGCUGGGGGUCCGGGAGUGCCAGUACCAAUUCCGCUUCCGCCGCUGGAACUGCACCAGCCACAGCAAGUACUUCGGCAAGAUCCUGCAGCAGGAUAUCCGGGAGACAGCCUUCGUGUAUGCCAUCACGGCAGCCGGGGUGAGCCACGCCAUCACGCAGGCCUGCAGCAUGGGCGAGCUGCUGCAGUGCGGCUGUGAGCUGACACGGAGCCGGGCUCCCCCCUCACCCACGGCGGGUCCGGGCACUGAGGGCACUGCCUGGGAGUGGGGGGGCUGCGGGGAUGAUGUGCAGUUCGGCUAUGAGAAGUCCCAGCAGUUCAUGGAUGCCAAGAGCAAGAAAGGCAAAAAUGACAUCCGGGCUCUCAUCGACCUGCACAACAAUGAAGCCGGACGUUUGGCAGUGCGCAGCUACAUGAGGACAGAGUGCAAAUGCCAUGGGCUGUCGGGCUCCUGCACCCUGCGGACCUGCUGGCGGAAGAUGCCCCAUUUUCGUGAGGUGGGGGACCGCCUGCUCGAGCGCUUCAACGGGGCUUUCAAGGUGAUGGGGGGCAACGAUGGGAAAACCCUCAUCCCAGUUGGUGACAACAUCAAACCACCUGACAAGCAGGACCUCAUCUAUUCUGCUGACUCGCCUGAUUUCUGCUCAGCUAACCGUAAGACGGGUUCGCUGGGCACCCGAGGCCGUGUCUGCAACAGCACAGCCAUGGACACGAGCGGGUGUGACCUGCUGUGCUGUGGGCGAGGGCACCGGGACGAGACGGUGGUACUGGAGGAGAACUGCCUUUGCCGCUUCCACUGGUGCUGUGUGGUACAGUGCCGCAAGUGCUCCGUCCGUCAGGAGCUCAGCCUCUGCAUCUGACGGCCUGGGAUCGGGUGAGGACAAUUUCAGGGGCCACUCCCAGGCUCAUGAUGUGGCCCCCUGGGACAAAGACAGGCUGAGCCAGUGGCAGGGACGGUGGGGGUGAGUCCAGCUCUGAGCUCCAGGGACUUCUGGCUUACCUGUGGGACAGCAUGGGGCUACCUGGCAUCCCCAUGGCCCUCAUGGUGGGGGAUGUGGGCACAGGGCUUCCACUAAUAAAGCUAUUUAAAGCUGG